AUGACAACGAGAGAAGUGGAACUGACGGGCGGAGCGCCUUGGGGUUUCCGUAUGCACGGCGGCGCGGAUCAGAAUCAGCCGCUCAGGAUAUCAAGGAGCUAUAGUUAUCCUGAACCAGUCUAUAAUGUUAAUCCAGGCCGGAAAGCUUCGCUGAGCGGGAUUCGGGAGGGCGAUGUUAUAUCAUCAAUAAAUGGUCAGCCUACGAAGACGAUGACCAACGCAGACGCUCACGCUAUGCUACGGUCAGCGGGUCCAGUGCUUCGAUUGGGUCUAAAUGAAGACAGAGAAAUGUCACCUCGAAGAAGAUCUAUUGGCAGAACGAGCGAGUUGAAAAGGCCAUCUCAUCUGCUCUCUGAAGUUAACAACAAAAUAGCUACGCUGCAAGCUCCGGUAUAUGCAACAAUACGGCCAUCAAAUUCGUCUCAAAAUCGACCCACUCAAUCGCUCUCCCAGUCUUCUCUCAACUCAUUACCAGCAACAUUGAAUUCAACGUCACUUGUUAAAUCAGGCGCGGCAAAUGAAGAACCAUUUCAUUUUCAUCCAACAAACCCUUUUUACACAACAGUAUCAUCAAAUCAUUCAAGUGCUUCCAAAUUACCAAUACCAAAUGGCAGAGCUUCUUUUAGUAGCUUAGAUAGAAGUAAAUCCAUAAGUAAACCUAAAGAAAAUUUCUUAUUAAAUGAACAAUAUUUGAAUGGCAAAUCACCUUCAUAUAUUUCGUUAACAGAUGAUUCUGGUCCUCACAGUACUAUUUUCUCAAAUUAUGUAGACAUGGGAAAUACGAACGGAUACGAUUCCGAGACCUCAAAUUUAAACUAUAACGUUAAAGAUGGCCAUUUUAUACGUGACAAUAAUUCAAAAAUAAUUGAAGCGACGAAUAGAUGCGAUGUCUCUAAUGAAAUAAAAUUCAAUGAAAAAAAUCCUUUUCAAACUAAAAGGAAUAGUGAUCCCUUUGAAAAAUACUUUAGACCCAAUGGUAAAAAUAUAGAAAAUAGUCAAGAAGAAAAAGCUUCAGUACCGAAUUCUAUAAGCGACAGUGAUAUACAUAAAAACGAACAAAAGACAAACCAUCUAACUGUCACAGAACAUAAAAUCAGUGAAACGGAAGAAAUAACAACUAUAAAGAAGAUUGUUUUAAACGGAGCAAGUGAAAAUGAGACUCAAGAUGAAAAAUCAAACAAACUAAAUAUACCUUCUCACAGUGAACCAACAAAAAACAAAUAUAGUGUUCAGGAUACAUUGCCCUCUAAAGAAUUUUACAUGAAUAUUCAGUACUCCCCGCAAAAAGAUUUGAAUAGUAAAUCAACGCUGAACUCGAAUAAUUACUUUGUGUGUAAUGAUAAACACGACAACGAAUUUAAUAAAUAUCCCAACAAGCCACUUCAAGAAGAGCGUAACAACUACUUUAAAGCAGCGGAGACGUCGACGGGCGAGUUGGUCGUCACAAAGCCCCCUCUGAAAUCACCGAGCGUUCCCGCUACGGUCAGCCUGGUGCCGAAACGUGAGUAA